CACAUCCUGACCCGGAAGUCCUGCAUUUCCUCUUGUCGCAUCAGCCGUGUGUCGUGGCUGUCAGCUAUCUGCUACUUACAUAAACAGCCCAAAUUAAAAUAUGAAGCAUUUGACAGGAGAGUGACAUUAAACACAUUGCAUGCGGAAUGAGACGGUUUUCAUUUGCUUGCUUACUACGGUAAAAAAGAGUGUUUUGGAAACGCUGCUGUUUACAUCCUUACAAAUUGAUAUUUGUAUUGUGAAAAGAAGCUUUGUAUUUGUUUGCUCAGGAGGAACCAUCCGUGAAUAAUCUGCUUCAUCUCUGAAUGUUGGGGAUGUGACCACCUCUCUCAUUAUGAUCAUGACUGUCCACCCCGUCCUGGUCCUGGUGCCCAUCUUUGGGCUUCUUGUGCUUCCAUGUGCGCCCAUGCAUUUGAAGAACGGCUUCAAGAUAGUGUUUAAUACGACUGUGGGAAGACCAGACGAUUGUGACUUGAAAUUAUGUCCUGAAAUUGAAUCCUGUUCGAUGGCUCUUUUAAAUGAAGACCAAUCUCAGUUAAUGUGUUAUCUGAUCAGCUGCCCAAAUGAUACCCAGAACUCUUCUUGUGGAAAUGUCACGAAGAUCAGCGAGCUGUUAGCGGAGACAGAGUCUGACAACGUGGACAAUAAUUCGACUAGAGAAUUGGUGCCUCUCCAAGGGUCUUCAGGCACCAACUCUUCCCAAUCUUCUCCAGACGAUUCUUCAUCUAAUACCACGCAACCAUCGGCCUCUGAAGCUAACGUCUCCAUCUUUACGACUUCCACUAUUACAAAACCGACCACUUUACAAAACAACUUGACAACUACAGUGACUAACCUGCUGACAAAUUCAACAGAGAAAUCCGCCACAGCUGAUGCAGUGCCAAAACCAGCGAACUCAGAAGCCAUUCCAACACCACCAGCCAAGACAUCUACCAUCACAACUACACCCAAACCAACCACAACCAGCCCUAAACCCUCUUCAGCAACUACCAGCACAACAACCACCACAACAGUUGCACAAACCAUCAUUCCAAAACACCCUUCUUCACCUUCACCAUCAGGGACCAAUUCGUCUGUCAUCAUCUCACCAUUAGUGCCUACAUCCAAUUCUUCCUCUAAACCGGUACAAACUUCUCCCAUUCCAACAUCCUCAGAUGGGAAGCCAAUGCGAACCACGCCAAAAACCUCAAUGAGCCCCUCAGUAGUGACAUCCAAACUGCCUAAGGACAUUCCCAAAAGGGACCAAGCCAUUGUUGACGUGGCCGGAGACUCUUUGACGAGCCACCUGUUGAACACGAGCUCUCUGCUGGCCGUUCUUUUCUUUGGCCUCCUCUUUUUUGUGGUCACGGUGGCGCUGUUUCUCAAACAAGCCUACGAGAGCUACAAGCGAAAGGACUACACUCAGGUCGACUAUCUCAUCAAUGGAAUGUACUCCGAUUCGGGGGUCUGAGUGGUAUUUUGUGGUUUACAUUUCAGCGUAUUUCCGUUUGGUAGCAGAUUGACUUUGGUUUGAGGCUCCUUGGUAGCACUCGCUCACAUUUCAAACGCUCGAAAGCCCUGUACGACUUCUAGCUAUGGGAAUCUAGCUGGUGCUCGAGUGAGUUGGUGUGACGUAUAUCUUUUGUUUCUAUGCAGAUUUAGCUUCCACAUUAUUCUUGACACACGGGGCUGAAGCCUUAGUAUUAACUUAGCCCUCAACCUUUAUUCAACAGUUAUAAGGGAUUCAUAGUGCAAUAUUUGAAUAUGUUUUGUCUAAUCUGUCAUGUUCAGUGUUUCAUCUGCAGCUGAUGAGUUGGCUGCAAUAAUUGCCUUUUUAUGUUUGUCGGAACGGUUCAGGAACUAUGAAUGCCUUUUCUUUUUCUUUUUCUUUGAAUGCGAGUAAAGAAUAAAUGCCAAACCAGGAAUUGUGGCACAGAAGCACAUUAUUGUAAAGCCAAGGGAAUAACUCAGCCAUUGUUUAUUAGUGUCUGGAGCAAAGAACAGAUGAUGAUCGUGUUAGUUGGGGAUCAGAGGAUGGUAUGAAGUAUGAUAGUUUGAUAUGUGCCAAAUUGAUUUUGUAAGUCUUAAUAGCUGCACUGUUAAAAAGAUGUUUAAUAAAGAAAACUUACUUUGCA